ACACUCUGUUUCGUUUUCUGCUGUAGCUAUGGCGGAAACGGAAGUUUGGUGAGGAUGUGUUUGCAAUAUGAAAGACUUCAGGGGCCAGGUGAAAUAAAACAUAAAUUGGGGGACUGUAUGUAAUAAAGGACAGAUGGAAUUGAAUUUGAGAGACCUGCGAACUCAAUUGCCCUAAGAUUAACACGAUACGUUACAGAGGAGAUGAAGAUGCUUUGUUCGGACAGACCGCCAUUGAUUCAGCUUCUUUUAUGUAUAUUUUCGAUUGGCUCCAUGCGUCUAUCGGUCGCUUACAAUUCAGAAUCGACGGAAAUGAAGGGGAGAAGCCUGAUGGGGAUCAAGGAGACGCCGGAGGGAGGAAACGUUACCUUUGAUUGCACGCCUUCGGGGCCGUGCAUCCCCUGCUCUCACGCGGAAAAGAGUGAUGAAAAAUACCACUGUGGCGAAACUGGAUAUCGGAUUCGUUUGAAAUGUUUACCCACCAGAUCAACUUCAAAAGAUGAGAAAAGCAAGAAACCGGAGAAGACAAGGUCUACUCUGGAGAGAUAUUUAGGUGUUUCUUCGACAAACCGAAGAAGAUUGGUAACUGAUUCAUCAAAAUCAGGAGGUGGAUCAACUGCAUAUGUCACAUACAGAAGCUGCAUACCUGCUGUCAAUGAAGAAAGAUUGUCAGUGCUCGGCUUUGAGGCACUUAUGUUGGCUUUGCUUUUAGGCAGCGGCUCCUUUAUAUACUUAAGGCGAAAGCGAAGCAGCCUCGCAGCUGGCGGUGUUCCGAUGAGAAUCCCAACCAGUUCAAGAUUUUAAUCUCAAACUCAUUUUUUGCAUACUUGCAAUAUAUUUUUUGUGAAAAUUGCUACCAAAUGUGACAGCCCAAAACUUGUUUCUAUGUAACUUUUGAUUUUUUCCUGCAA